CAUGUUCUGAUUUGUACAAGACCAGCGUGGUUUGAUCAGCAGCAACUCGCUUAUGAACCCUAAUUGUGCUGGCAUCGACAAGGCAAUGAGAACGACUCGAGGCUCAAAUAUUGUGCUUUUAAGAUGGAUAAGUACACAGGCGGAAACUUGCUACCUAGAGCAAGGCAAGUUGCAAUCAUCCUGUUUUCCCAUUGCAUACAAUAGGCUUCACCAUGAGGCAAUAUCGAUAGAGUUGCGGACGAGCGACCCUCUACUAGAAUCAAGCCACCGCCGGCCAAGAGGUAAUUCAAGACGAGUCAAAUACGCUGAGAUACUCGCCAGUUCAAGGUCCCGUUCGCGGGUACUUGGCACGCCGAGGCAGCUUGUCGGAAGGACGCUUCUGGUGCCCACUAGGCUGGCUUUUUAUAACAUGUUCGGCUCAUGGCAGGUUGGAGACAGUGUUGCCUGGAUCACAAGACAUGUAAAACAGAGAGGGGGUGUGUCAUCUCACAGCAUGAGCAAGAUCGGCUCUUCAAAAUAGCCAAUGGGCUUGCUUACUGAGGUAAGAAGUAGACUGGGUGACUGUGGUAAUUAUUUCACAGUCAAGAUUAUCACGAAAUACCUACCGGA